AAGAAUCUUCAAUCGAAAUAUUUUCGUCUCAAUUGUUAUGUGACAGCAUAUACACAAUAUGCUGCACUACAAUCCCAUAUUUGCUUCUAAGCUGAUGGCUUCCUGCUUGAUCCUAGUGCUGUUAUUCCUGCAGGCACCUCUAAACUCCUGCUUCGGUAUCGUGCUCAACGAAGAGUACGCAGAGAAUCAAAUAAGAAGCAGAUAUGAGCACUGGAUUUCUCGUCAUCGUCGCUUGUACAGAGAUGAACACGAGAAGGCACAUCGCUUUCAGAUAUAUCGGUCCAAUCUUCAGCUUAUCAUGAGCUUCAAUGACCUUGGCCUUGGGUACAAUCUCACUGAUAACAAGUUUGCAGACCUAACGAAUGAGGAAUUCAGAGCCAAAAUUCAAUGUUUAGGACCUCCAGUAAAAAGCAAACACAAGCCUUCAAAAGAAUUUAAGCUUCCAGAGAAGCCAAUGCAGCGCAAACAUCGACCUAGAAAACAUAAGAAGCAUCACAAGACUAAAGGUAAAAUGCACGUUCCUGAGAGCAUAGACUGGAGGAAGAAAGGAGCAGUCACCAAUGUCAAGAACCAAGGCAGAUGUGGAUCAUGCUGGGCAUUCUCAGCAGUAGCAGCAAUGGAGGGCAUCAACCAGAUAAAGACCAAGAAACUCAUCUCACUCUCCGAACAAGAACUGGUCGACUGCGAUCGAAAAGGUGAGAACAAUGGAUGCAGUGGGGGAUACAUGCACACAGCCUUUGAGUUCGUCCAACAAAACCACGGUCUCGACACCGAGUCUGACUACCCUUAUAACGGUGAUCAAGGGUCCUGCGACACCAAGAAGCUAGAAGACCAUUCUGUAACAAUAUCUGGUUACAAGAAUGUGACAGUUAACAGCGAGAAAAGCUUACUACAGGCAGUAGCUAACCAACCAGUAUCGGUUGCCAUUGAUGCUGCCAGUUUUACAUUCCAGUUCUAUUCUGCAGGCGUGUUUAGUGGUCCAUGUGGAUCAGAGCUCAACCAUGGGGUCACAGUGGUGGGAUAUGGAAGUGAGCUAGAGAAGAAGUAUUGGAUAGUGAAGAAUUCGUGGGGUGCUGAUUGGGGAGAGGGUGGGUAUGUGAGGAUGGCACGUGACAUUGCUGAUGAUGAAGGAAUGUGCGGGAUAGCUAAGAUGCCCUCUUAUCCACUGAAGGAGAAAGAAUUAGCAGUUACAAGUUUAUGAAACAUAAGCAUUUAAGAACAAAAUAAUGAUGUCAUAAAUUUGUAU